GGUCUCCCCGGUCUCCCCGGCGGGGCGGGGACAGGGGAAGCCCCGCCCCCUCCAGCCCCUCCUCGCCCCCGCCCCGCCCCCCCCGGGCGGAAGGGGCGGGGCCAGGCGUGACGUGGCGGGAUGGCGGAGCUCUACGUGAAACCGGGGAACCAGGAGCGUGGCUGGAACGACCCCCCCCAGUUCUCCUACGGGCUGCAGGCGCAGGCCGGGGGGGCCAGGCGAACCCCGCUCACCCGCCGGGCCCCCCCUCCGGCUGCGGGGGCCCCCCCAGGUGCUCCUCCAGAGCCGGCCGGGGCCCCCGCCGCCUCCGCCGCCUCCCCUGCGCCGCCCCCCCGGGCGCUGGGGCCGCCCCCCCUCGGGGCCGUCAGCCCUGCCCCGCGGGCGGAGGGCGGGAGGCCGAGCGCCGCAGCUCGACCGGAGGAGAGCGGCGUCCCCGCCGCCGCCGUCCUCGCCCCGCUGCGGGAGGCCCUCGCCGCCUGCCGCCCCACGGUGCAGAAACAAGUGUGCGACGACAUCGGGCGGCGGCUGACGGUGCUGGGCGACGCCUGGGCUCAAGGGAAGCUGUCGGCCCCGGUGAGGAAGAGGAUGAGCCUCCUGGUGCGAGAGCUGCAGCAACAGCACUGGGACGCGGCUGACGAGAUCCAUCGCUCGCUCAUGGUGGACCACGUGAAUGAGGUGAGCCAGUGGCUGGUGGGCGUCAAGCGCCUGAUCGCCGAGACGAGGAGCCUGCCUGCUGCAGAGUCGAUGGACGGCGGCGCCGAGGACGGGCCUGGCCAGGAGAAUCCCUGAUGCCGGGGACGGGGCUGCAGGCUGCGAGCGCAGCAGCCCAGGCCUGGGGCCGCUGACAGGAGAAGAGCCCCUGCUGCCUGAGUGGGUCUGGGCACCUCCUCUGCCUCCCAAUCCUUGCCCAGGAAAAGGGGAUUUUAAUCAUUGCAACAUUUUAGUGGCGAUUCACUUCAUGACGUUUAAUAAAACGGCACUAACCUGC